AUGGAGAUACUGAAGGGGCUGCAGGGCGCGGGGGGAGCGCCCGUGCCCCUGGCGUACAGCGAGGAGCCCUCGCGCCUCCUCAUGUCGUACCUGGGCAAGGAGACCCUGGCCGACGUCUUGAGUGCGCGGCGCAGUCCCAAGCAGCUCCUCCAGCUGAGCCUGAAGCUGGCGGAGGCCGUGGCGGCCGUGCACGCCGCCGGGAUCGUCCACUGCGACCUCAAGCCCACCAACGUGAUGGUGCAGCUGCGCGGCGCAGCGGGAGCGCCGUCGGUGCACGUGAUCGACUUCGGUCUGGCACUGGCGGUGGGCCAGUGCCACCCCGCGAGCGGCAAGGGGCGGCACUCGUGGUACUGCGCGUGCGUGCACCAAGGCACGCCGGUGACGGAGAAGUGCGACGUGGUGGGCGUGGGCGUCAUGCUGGGGUUCGUGGCGGAGAGCAUGCUGAAGGCGGCGCCGGCGGCCCUGCAGGCGCUGGCGGAGCGAGCGCAGCGCCCCGAGCACGAGCAGCGCCCCACGGUCCAGGAGAUCGCCGAGGCGCUGCAGGAGAUGCUGCGCCUCUGCUAG